UCAAUGAUCUAUACUUGCGCCUCGGGAGAGAAAGAGCUAUUAGGGUCGCCCAGAACAGCACUAUAUAUACUGUACUGUACAUACUGUACUGCGGUUCAGAACCAGAAUACCCAUCGGCAAGAUGGCCAGCGUUGACGUGUCCAUCGCGGACGCUGACAAGCAUCUCAGCCAUCGGGACCUUCAGUCUGCUUUCGAAGGCUACCUUUCAGCGCUCACCGUCAUAGUCCAACAGCUUCGCGAAGGCACAACGUUUGGUGAACCAGAGCCGGUCGCAGAAACGCAUGGAACGCAAACCGAUGCCGAACCAACCACUAGCAAACACCUCAAGUCCGUCGCGAAAGGGCUUCCCGAGGACGUAGAGCGGCUGUUUGACUUGGGGCACCUAUGCUUGACUGAGGUGGAGGAUAUCAUCUUAGGCACUGUCACAUUCGACGAUCUGGACACGUUUGUGGAAGAUGAGAGUGCGUCAGAUUCCGACGGGCAAGGAGAGGAGGAGAAGAAGGAGGCAACCGACUCGACUACGGAAAUGAACGAACGACGGCCUCCGACCCACGCAGAAAACUCGUCAUCGAGCAGCAUGAGCAGUAAACGAAAUAGUGCGUUUCGGGACCAUCGGUUGUCGAGGGCUAGGACGGUACGGUCCUUGCAGAGGAGCUCGACUCUGAGUAGUAUGAUGAGACGGUCUGGAUUGCUUGGACCUGGCAUGGAGUUGGGACAAUCCAACUCGUCUUCCGCGAUGGCAACGCCACCCCGUUGGAUACUGGAGUAUGGACGAGCGCAUUCACCAGAUCCCGGGAGUGGUGCAGGGGGUCCCGCUGAAGAAAGCGAACGUAUUCAUCGGCAAGAAUCCCCCGAAAAGGAAAAGCCGGCAGAAUUGGAGUCGCAUUACGAUCCAGCGCCUCCUUACAACGCUGCUCAGGGCGCUGAAGGACUCCGUUCACGUGAUUCCUUGAUCUGGCGAUUCCCGUCGGUUCCCAAACACAUUGAUUCGCCCGAGGUCCCUCCAGCAUCUGUAUCUGCGCCACCUCCUCAGAAUACAACGUCAGCCGACACCUCGUCGCUCAAGUCAGUGAGCACAACAGCAUCCGCCAUCACCUCCGCAUCCGGCGCGGAUCGCGGAGGCAGUCCUACGCGGGCUGCAUUACUGCGGCAGGACUCGCAAGCUUCAUCUACCGUGUCACAUUCUCCACCAGCAGUUACACCACCCCCAUCACAUCCUCAGGCUUCGUAUUUUAACCCAACUGCUCAGCACCCCCAACAGCAGCAGCAGCAGAAACAGCAACAACCUCAGCGCGCUCUACCACCAUACCUCCCCCAGAUCCCUUCUUCGCCUCUGUAUCAUCAGCAGGCUAUCUUGACCGAGCAUCUGACCCACGCGGCCGAGCAGCUCCGUGAGCUCGAACAGACCCGGCAACCGGGCCGGCCAUCUGAAUCUUCGGCAGGCGCGCUGCAACAGGUGCGCAGAUUGGUUGAAGUCAGCGGCGUCGCAAAGCAGAAACUAGCGCAGCUCGGCGCUAGUGUCUCUGAAUGGGACCGGAAAGCGCUCCUGGACGUCGCCGCGGAGGAUCUAGCGCUGGCCUUGCGAAAUUACGACGUAGACAUGUUCCGGGCCGUUACAGGCGUCGACGUUCUCAGCUUUUACAACAACAAGACCACCGGCCCCGCCGCCGCCUCAAUCGACCCCGACUCCCCCCUCCGCCGCAUUCAAGACUUCUCCCUCUACACCCACCGCCUCGUCCAAUCCACCUCCCUCUCCCGCCCCAACCCGCCCGACCGCGCCGCCCACAUCACCCACUGGCUGCACACCGCGACCCACCUCCAGCAACUCUCCGACUACGCCGCCCUGCAUGCGAUCCUCUCCGCACUCGCGUCGCCGCCUCUCGCCGCCCUCAAACAAACAUGGAAACACGUCCCGAAACGCGAACGCGCUUGGCAUCAAACCAUGUGUGAGCAGCUACUACCUGUGGGUGACGGCACGCGCUCCACGGGAAUGGCAGACCUAAUAACUGCCCUCGCCACACCGCCCGCGAUCCCACCCCUCCUCCCCUGCCUCCUCGCCGAACCGACCGCGCACGCAUCCCUCCAACUCCUCCGCAUCUGCAAAACGGACGAAGGCCUCUGGGAUGCGCGCUGUGGCACGCUGGUUGCGCCAUUGCCCCCACGGACGAUUGGGAGUAUGCAUUGGGUGGUUACGCAGGUGUGGAUGGCGGAGGGGGAUGUGCUGAGGACGAGUUUGGAGAGGGAGCCUGUUAGGGAGAAGGAUAGAGAGGGCGGGAAGGAUCCGAGGGUUGCGGCGCCGGUGGUGGGAGGACAGGGGCGGGAGGGGGAUGAGACGUUGAGGAAACGAUUCCAGAUGUUGGGGUUUGGGAAGAAGUGAGAAGUGAAAGCUUGGGGGGGGAGGGGGUUUGCUAGCGUAGUUAUGCCGCCUUUGGUGAGUUUUUUUUUUAUGAUUAUGUACUGUUUCUUCAUCAUCCCGAUGAAAGAGAACGUUGCUCGAUGCAAAUACGUUCCUCCGUUG